AUUAUAGAUGGAUAUGUUACUGUUGAAACUAUAGGCCUAUUAUUAAUAUUGUUGCUAAACUUAAUCGAACUUUUUAUCAUUACACAUUUAACAUACUCGCAGAAUACACGACGGUAGAGGUCAAAUGGCAAACAAAAGAAGAUCUAACGGAACCAUAAAUCUGAAAGCAUUGAUUUUCCCGCUGACAUAACAUCGAGGUCUAUUCUCGUAAUACUGGAAGUGCUGGAAAUAGCUCGCGAUUUAUUUAAUAAGAAGUAUAGCGAGAGCGGGCGUCGGGAGCGACAAUCAAUCGCGUAGUCGGAGCGGCUGAGUCGUGGGGCUACGCGCAUGCGCUCGCUGGGAAGCGAUCGAUGCGCCCGAGGGAACGCUCAGUGGUCGCGGAGCCGUCGCGCAGUCGAGUGCACAAUGCGUCCCCAGUGAGGCGGGAAACGAGCCAAGCUGUAUCUCCGCGAGUACGGUGCGGAGGAGGAGCGGCCGGCGUGCCGGGAGGAGUGGCGGCGCGGCGAGUGGACGGGCGCGCGCGGCCGGCUGCCCCAGGUGGACCGCAGCCCCUCACGCCGCAGCCCCUACCUCGCGCGCGAUGACGAGCCCUCGCCCGCGCCCGACGAGCGCGGCCGCUCCGCCUCGGCCGGCGCCCACCACCGCGCUCGUCCGCGUCCCCUGCGCUACCAGUCGCUCGAACGCGACUACGACCGCUCGUACGCGCCGCCUCCACCCCCCGAGGACGACUACUACCGCCGCGAGCCGCCCCCCCUCUUCCUCGGCGAGCUGCAGUCCCAGAACUCGGAUCUGCAACGGGAACUGGGCAACCUCAAGAAAGAACUCGAAUUGACCAACCAGAAGCUCGGCUCCAGCAUGCACAGCAUCAAGACCUUCUGGAGUCCCGAGCUCAAAAAAGAACGGGCACUGAGAAAGGAAGAGAGCGCCAAAUACAGCCUCAUUAAUGACCAGCUGAAACUGCUCAAUCAGGAGAAUCAGAAACAAGCGAUGCUGGUACGUCAACUGGAAGAAGAGCUGAGGAUGAGGAUAAGGCAGCCAGCUCCUGAACUCCAACAACAGCUGGAGGCACUGUACGCUGAGAACGAACACCUGCAGAGGGAGAUAGCGAUAUUAAGAGACACUAUUAAAGAAUUGGAACUGAGAAUCGAAACGCAGAAGCAAACGCUGCAAGCCAGAGACGAGAGCAUCAAAAAACUACUCGAAAUGCUCCAGAACAAAGGCAUGGGUAAAGAGGAAGAACGUCAGAUGUUCCAACAGAUGCAGGCGAUGGCCCAGAAGCAGGAGCUCAAGGCGACGGCGGACACGCUGCGGGCGCUGCAGGCCCAGCUGGAGCGCGCGCUGGCCGCGGCGGGCCUGCCGGGGGGCAGCGCAGGCGCCACGCUCACCGCCGUGCUCGAGACCAAGGAAGCGCGCAUCGCGACCCUCGAGCGGCAGGUCGCGUUGCUCGAGAGCGAGCUGGCCGCGCUCGUGUCGCCGCCGCCGCCCUCCUCCCACGCCUCGCUAUACGAUAAGGCCGACCCUCCCUUCAAGAGACAACUGGACGAAUUCCGGUUGGAGAUACAGAGACGGGACCAGGAGAUCCUGGCGAUGGCCGCGAAGAUGAAGGCUCUGGAGGAACAGCAUCAGGAUUACCAGCGCCACAUUGCGGUUCUCAAGGAAUCGCUAUGUGCUAAAGAGGAGCACUAUAGUAUGCUUCAGACAGACGUGGAAGAAUUGAAAGCAAGACUGGAUGAGAAGAGUAGAAUGGUCGAGAAGAAAACCGCCGCGACUCUGGCCGCGGCUCAUGAGCUGGCCGAACUGAGAGACCAUUCCGAAAUCAAGGACCGAAAGAUCAACGUGCUCCAACGAAAGAUUGAGAAUCUAGAAGAUCUACUGAAGGAAAAAGAUAACCAAGUUGACAUGGCCAGAGCUAGAUUGAAUGCAAUGCAAGCGCACCACUGUUCUUCCGAAGGAGCACUAUCUUCCCUCGAAGAAGUUAUAGGAGACAAAGAAAAACAGAUUCAACAACUCAGAGAGCAGAGAGACAGAGCCGAACAUGAGAAGAACGAAGAGAGGGAACUCCACGAAAGAGAAAUAGCGGAAUACAAAAUGAAACUGCACGCUUUAGAGAGCGAAGUAGAAAAGCUCGGCGCAAGACUAGAAAGAGCUCAGGCGGAAAAAGAUAGACUUGAAGCUAAGCUGGAAAGCUCACAAUCUGAACUUGGCAAAUCUAAAGCUGAGUUAGAUAAAGCUGCAAGCGAAGUGGGACGUUCUGGUGCGGAUUGGGAAGCUGCUAAGCAACGUCUGGCAAGGCUCGAACUGGAAAAUGAAAGACUCAAACAUGAAUUGGAAAGGUCUCAAACAACUUUCGGAAGAAGUACCCUAUCUACUUCUCAAGAACUUGAUCGGAUGCAGGAAAAAGCUGAUAAAACAUCAGCAGAAUUGAGACGUACUCUGGCCGAGUUGAGAGUGACUCAGGCUGAUGCCGAAAGAGCUAGAUCUGAGGCUAGUGGCUUGCAAGACAAAUUGGAAAAAUCGCAGGGCGAAGUGUACCGUUUGAAGGCGAAGUUGGAAAAUGCACAAACUGAACAGGAUAGUCUGAAAGAGGAAUACGACCGCCUCCAAUCUUCGAUCAGCCGUCUCCAUUCAGAAAGAGAUAAGGCUAUAGCAGAACUAGACAAAGCAAGAGAAGAACUUGAACGUACUCAAGCUACACUUGGCAAAGCACAACUCCAACAAGACAAGCUGCAAGCUUCUCUAGACACAGCUCACUCUGAGAUCGACAAGCUACAGGAGAAACUCGAUAAAUCUGCUGUUGAAGUUAGAAAACUUCAAGUGGAUAGAGAGAAACAGGCGUACGAUUUCGAGUCCCUGCAGUCACAGUUGGACAAAGCACUGGGUCAAGCGGCCAGACUUCAGAAGGAGCGGGACACGGCACAGCUUGACGCGGACAGAUUCCGCGAUAAGAAUGAAAAAGCUCAGAACUUAGUCACUCGUAUACAAAAGGAGAGGGAUACAGCAUUGGCGGAGGCUGCCAGUUGCCGAGAAAGGGCUGAAGCCGCAGCGGCUGCCGCGAACAGGGCCGCCAGGGACAGAGAUAGCGCUGUCACCGAACUGGACGUCCUCAGAGAACGAUGGGAGAAAGCGCAUCAGCAACAUCAAAAAUUGACGAUGGAACGAGAUGAUGCUCUAACAGAACUCGAGAUAUUGAAAGAGAAACUGGACAAAGCUCUUUACUCCACACAAAAGACGAUUGAAGAGAAAGAAACAGCGCACAAGGAAUAUGAGAAAAUGCUUGAGAAAUACGAUAGGUCGCAGAACGAAAUAUAUAGACUGCAAAACAAGAUCGAGAUUUUGGAGGCGGAUAAGGACAGACUAGAAUUGGAGUUAGAGAAACAAGCACAUUUGUCGACAAAGUCCAGAGAUGACCAGAGGAAACUACAAGAUGAAUUAUCGAGAUUACAGGAAAUGUACGACAGAGCAUCGUUGCAGCUGGGUAGAACCAAAGAAUUCGAAGAAAAGGCCAAGGAAGAUAUGGACAGGAUGAGCGUUGACAUAGAAAUGGUCAGGGAACGAUAUGAAAAGGGUCAAAUUGAACUGCGGAGAGUCCAAGCGGAAAAAGAAAAACUACUGGCAGAUAGCGAACGAUUACAAUUUGAAUACGACAGAGCGAUGACUCAAUGCGGUAAAGCACAGGCUUCCAAUGAAAAAACUCAAGAAGAGAUGGCCAGAGUACAGAUAGAGCUGGAGAAAAUGUAUGACAAACAUGACAAGGUUUCUUCAGAAUUAAGAAGAGUGCAAGCUGAAUUGGACAAAGUCAAGCAAGAUGCAAGCGGAGCCAGAGAAGAAGCAGAAAGAUACGCCGCUCGGUACGGAAAAUAUCAUGACGCAAAAGAGGAACACGAGAGAACAAAAAUUGAAGUAGAACGGCUGCGGACACGUCUAGAGAAGACAACGAUAGACCUGGAGCGAGCCCGCAAGGCUGAAGAGGAAGUAUCCCGGUUACGUUCGGAACUCGAACGCGUCGAAGGUCUCCGAGGUAAAUACCAAUUCGAACAGGAUAAGUGGACCAAUGAAUUAAACAGAAUGCAGGCGGAAAUCGACAAACAUCGUGAGAGAUACGACGCGGCACAAGCUGAUGUUCAAAAACUACAGGCCGAGAAGGAACAAGCUGAAACCAAACUACACGAAAUGAACAUACAACUGGAACUAUCCAAGAGCGAAGUCGUAAAAUUGAGUGGAGCGUUAGAGAAACAGCGAACAGACUUGGAGCGCGCUCACAUUGAGUGCGAAAAGUUCAGGGAUCGGUGUGAGAAAUUGAAAUUACGUUCAGACCAACUAGAUAAAGAUAACGAAAGACUAAAAGGCGAGUUACAACAGAUCGAAAGGAUGAAACUUCAGGCGGUCGCUGGCGAUAAGGCAAGAACCGAAGAUAGACUUGAAAUCGAGAGGCUUCGUGAUAAGUUGGAAAAAGCAAUUCAAGCUCGUGACUCUACUGAAAUGGAGGCAGGACGCUUAGCAAAGGAACUCGAAAAGUCUCAGAUGCAUCUCGCUAAAUAUCAAGAAACUAACGAAACAACUCGCGUUGAAUAUGAUAGGAUGACGAAUGAACUGGGAAGAAUGCAUGAACGACUUGAAAGAACGAUCUUAGAAAUGAGACAAAUCGAACAGGAACGCGAUGCGCUGAGAGUAGAGAUACAGAACACAAGACGUAACAUUGAACAGCAACAGAGAACUUUGGACCACAGAACUCAAGAGACGCUUGUUAAACUCCAACAAGAAUUGGCUCAGUCGGUUCGAGACAGAGAAAAGAUGGCAUCCAUUUUGGAACAGAGAGAUAAACAAGCCGACGCUAUCGAAAAGCAGAUCGUUAAAUUGGAGGCCGAUACAAAGCAAUUGACAAUAGAACGAGACCAAUUAGUGGCACAAUUAGAAAAAUCUCAAGACAUGCUCGUAAACUUCCAGAGAGAACUCAAUGCUUCCGAAGCCGAACUACAGAAACAGCGAGAUGAAGUACGCAGAUUGAAAGAAGAACAGAGGAAACUAGCUCAAGAUUCAGAACGUGGAGCAAAAUCGGUUAUAGAAAAUCGCGAGAGAGAGAUAGGAAGACUGCAGCAGCAACUUCAAGGUCUCACGAAAGAAAGAGACACAAUUAAGCAGCGUGCAGAGAAAGCCGAAAAAGAAGCACAGAAAGCUGGAGAGAUCGAUAAAUGGCGAGCUGCCGUCGAAGCGGAGAAGUCCAAGGCGAUCGCUGCAGAAAAAGCCUUAUCUGAAUGUCAACAGCGCUUGCAAUCUUUGGAGAAACAAUUCCAGGCGCAGCAUCAACAGUUACAGCAGCUACAAGCACGCGGACCGUCUGACGUGCGCGAGGUCCAAAAGCAGCUCGAAGCUGCUCAAGCCGAGGCUCGCGCCCUCGCCACUGAGAGGGAGCGAUGCCAGUCGCAGCUCGAGAUGCUCGUUCAGGAAUUGGAGAAGAGCCAGCUCGAUCUCCGCGAAGCGAACAAGAAACUCCAAACAGCUGGUGCUCAGAGCGCGAAGGCUGGCGAAGACGCAGCCCUAGCUAAGAAGCAGAUACAAGAUGAAUUCAAAAAGUUAGAUGACGCAAGAAAACAUUUCGAAGAACAAAGAAGAGCGUGGGAGAACAAACGGAAAGACGUGGAGGAGAAAGAGAAGUCACUUAUGGAAUUGGAUCGACAGUUAAAGAAGAGAAAAGAGCAAAUGGACCAAAUGGAAGCUUCAUUGAGGAAGGCUGGCGGCAGCACGGCCGCGGUAUCAGAGCUGAAUCGCAAGCUGACAGACUCUCAGAAAGAUGCGGAACAACUGAAGCAACAAUUGGAUCAGACUAAAGACGAAGCGAAACGGUUGACAACUGAAACGGAACGGCUUCUGCAGCUGGUCCAGAUGUCACAGGAGGAACAAGCACAGAAGGAAAAGCAAAUUAUGGAUUUGCAACAAUCCGUAAGAAACCUCCAAGCCAAAUUAAAAAGUCAGCAGCAAGCACAAGCACAAAGAGAAGAGGACCUGAAUAGAGCGAGACAAAGCGAAAUAGCGGCUAUUGAGGAUUUAACAAAGACGUUGUCAGAGAAAGAUCGCUUAAAAUCAAAAUUAGAAGAAAGUAAAAUGAAGAUAAUAGAUCUAGAGAUAGAACUGAACGAAUCGUCUCUAAUACUCUCGGAAGUAUUGAAAAUAUCCGAUAGCCAGGAGCUAACGAAUAUAAAGAGGAGCAAAAGCUUUUUCGAAUUGCAAAAGAGCGGUAAGGUAGUGGAUAGGUUAGAUAAAGGGAAGUUCAGUAGGAGUGACAAUGCAUUAGACGCUAUUUAUUACGGUAAGAAUGCAAAAAACGAAUCUCCCAACAUAAGUAAGCUAAUGAGGAAAGUCACUAAUUUAACUAAAGAGAUAGCCAUGAAGAAUUCCAAAAUAAUCGAACAGCAGAGAUGCAUAUCUAUAUUAGAAGAAGCGUUAAGAGAAAAUAAUAAUAUAGCUGAAUUCGAGCAACUGCUGGCCGUGGUCAGGAGUAAGGACGAGAGGAUUAAUGAAUUAGAACAGUUCGUCAAUGAAAACUGUGGGACCCAAACGACCGGUAGCAAAGACAAUAGGAUAUUAGAACUUGAAGAGGCUCUGAAGGAAUCCUUUAUGGUGGCGGCGGAGAGAGAAAAAGUAUUUUAUAACGAAGAACAGCGACGAAUCGAGACUAUAAACAAGAUGAAGAAAAUGGAGCAGAGGAUACUGUCGUUACAAAACGCUUCGGCGCUGAGUUGUGAGACGUGCAGUUCCGUGUUGAAGCGGAUGAAGCGUCUAGAAGAUUCUUUGGAGGAUUGUCAGAAGAAAAGGGAUAAUGCAUUAAGACAGUUGGCACAUGUAAUCCAAGAGAUCCUGGAGGCAACGAUCAGCGAAAAGGACUCUCAUAUAGCAGAACUUGAGAUGAAAGGGGUGCUGGACGAGAACGAGACGAAGCUAUACGACUCGCUGAAGAGUGAAAGGGACAGGCUGCUCAAUCGACUUAAGAUAGAGAAUGAAAGGAUCGUUGAUAUUGAACGCGACCUGUACCAGGCGAUCAUGAGAGCUGAGGAGUGCGGGUCCGUACCGGUCGGCCUCACGCUGGCAGACGACCUCAUAGGCAUCGACGAAGACAAUGUAAUUGUCUGGGUAACUACGUCAGGAGGGAGAGGACAUCCCGGGAACGUUACUGUGACUACGGAUAAAGCUAAGUCGAAAACCUAAAAAUGUUUUUGUGGUCUUAGCGUCAUUAUAGCACGACCCAUAGCCCAUCCGCUACCUUGCCAUCGCUUAUCACUAAUGCAUAUUUAAAAAAAAAAAAAACAAAAAAAAAAACAUCCACACACCCAAAAAUCGUUUUCGCGCCACAAAGUGUAAAUAACCUCUUUUCGUUUAUAAUUUUUUUUUCCUUUUUUUUUACGACAACGUCAUGUCAUUAUUUAAUUACGGAUAUAGACUUUAUAUUUGAUUAGAUACGUGAUUAUUACAUAUAUUUUAAACUGUAUUUUAUUAUGUCAUAUAUUUUAUUAGGUUAUGUUAGUUGUGAAUGAAAAUAAACAAUUCUAAGAAUACGGUUCUGUUUUAAAUAUAGAUUUAUGAUUGUGUUUGAUUGCGCUGUAUGUAAUAAUGAUUAUAAUCGUUACCAUAAUACAAAUUGAGAAUAACCUAUGUUGUAUUUUAUAAGUUUGUUAUAAUCCUAUUAAAUAUUUGUUACAGUUGUGAAAUAAUAAAUAUAAUGAUUUGUUAUACUAAUUUUUAAAUUUACGAAGCCCACAUAUAAAUUCGAUUAUCAAACUAAAUCUGACAGUGUUGGCUUUAGCGACGCUUUUACCGACGAACUUAAGUUAUUGGGAAUAUUAAUUUAUUUUAAUAAUAAUAAUAAUAAAACAUAUCAUGCACAAAUGAGUUGUUUCAAAGUUUACAUCAUAUCAUUACUGUAUUAAUGUUAUUUAGCGGAAUUAAAAUAAAAAAAUAUUUUGUUUUCAAAGAUCAAAAGAUAAUUCAAUUUAUUUGUUGUAUUUUAUUAGUGCACAAUAAAGAUAUAAUUUGCACUCUUUCAUUUUUGACUUUUAAGGAAAUAUUGUGAGAAUUUAAUAAUAUUUGUUUCUUUUGUUUAACAAAACCUAUUGUUCUAAACUCAUUAUUACUGAAAUAUUAGACGUAUUGUGCACUAUAUAUAUUUAUCAAGUAAACACCUUUAAGACACAUUGUGAAUCAUAGGAUAAAUUAUUGAGUGAUUAUUUUUUGUGAAAAUUAACGCUUAAAUGUCAAAAGCACUGCCUUAUUUUAACAAAUAAGAUUUCGAAUUUGAAAAGAGCAUGCCUAGUUUGCUUAGCAGGUUAGCACUUCACUCCCUUCGGCUGUUCGUGUGUGAAAUGUGAGAAAAGUAUCGAGAAAACGUGACGUCACUUCCGAAAAUGGCAGCUAUUUUUUUUUAAAACUAUAAUACCUACCCACAGAACUGUAUAUAAAGAAAGUCUGAACUUUUUUAUUUCAUAACGUUUUGCAUUUUACAAAACAGUAUUGUACUUUUAUAUAAAAAAAAUAUAUAUUUAGCGAUCAUGUGAAUCCAAUUUGUAAAUUUAUUAAAUAAAUUAUUAAAUUUUAUAAACGAUAUAACUUUAACCAGAGAUUCUCGUUUUCAAGACACCAACAUAGUGAAUUAAGAAAUUUUAAAAUAAAACCACAUGUUUACAACAGAAAUAUUGAUUUUUAUAAAUUUAUAAAUUGAAUUUGAAAUCGCUAUAUGAAAUAAAAAAAAUUACAUCGAGGGUAAAAUAUUUCAGUUUUAAAUGCGCCCGUACUAUUUUGAUUUGAGUAACAGAAUCUUUUUAUUAUAAACAUCUUUUAAAAAACAUGUAUACCUACUUAAAAUUUCAAAAAAGUUAUCCGAAACAUUUUCUAUUUUACCUCUAUUUCUGCAUUUGUUAUUAGAGCGAUAUUAAAAAAAAAAACAUUUUUACGGUUUAAUUAAACUAAUAACAAAAUAGCUACAAAAAUACUUCGUCGCCAUCUUGAAGGAACUACGUCAUAUCACUGCCAACAUUGAGACCGAUGCACUAACCUUGAACCCGGAGAAUGUUUUUUUUUUCUUUUCCAAAAUAAAAUUCUAUUAUGGAAAAGAAUUAGAAGUAAAUUCGUAGGUACUACACGAAACUAAGUUAAUCGUCUACAGCUUGUGUGUAGUUUGUUUGUAUUUUAGAAAAGUAUAAAUAAUAGGGGAAACUUCUAAUUUGUAUAACCAACUGAAUUAAACCUAAAUCCCGUAGACAUAGCCAGAGAGAAAUAUAGGUUAUCCGAAACCGAUCUGUCUCUAAAAGUAUACUUUUAAUUUAAGAUGAAAUAUAAUUAUACUUUUCGUUCACUCAUAACACAAAAAGAAUUAGGUUUUAAUUUAAUGUUUAAUUACGAAUCUAUUUAUGACAAUGUUGUAUUCUCUCGACAAUUGUAACAUCGCAGAUUGUGGGUGACAGUGAAUCAGAAAUUUAGAUUUAAACGCUCUGGCAUUUUAGUUUACAAAUAACCUUAGAUGAAUGAACGUUUUCAAGUUUAUACCAAUAUCGGAAACUUUCAAAAUCAUUCAGAUUAAUCAUCUGAACACAUAUGAGCACAAUACAUUAACCUCACUACUUUCUUGGAAUCAUUAAUGACAAGAUUGACAAGUAAUAAUGACAAAUUUGAAUGAAUAUUACCAAGGGAAUUAAAAAACACCACAAUAAAACUUGCACGGUGUUUUGUCUCUUUCGAUCGUGCAUGAAACUAGCUGUCAACGAAAGAGACAACGCUUUUAUGCCACGUUUAUUGGUAAAUUUUUUUUUGCUGCCCAUUAAACGUGUCAAGAAAUAAAGAUUUUGACUUUCAAACGCGUUCAAAACAAAAUUUGAAGAUUUUGAGCUUGAAAAUAUAAUACAAAAAUAUAAAUAUAAUACUAAAUAAUGAAAAUUGAUAAUACUUUUGCUUGUGUUGGAAAUAUAGGUAUUUUAUACCUUCCGCAACCAUGCAGCCUAAUCUGCCGCUUAAAAAUAAUCUCUUUUUUACUUUCCAAAUCAGCUGGUAUAUAAAUUACAAGACGCUUUAGAUACAAAAAUGAAAAUGCCGGAACUUUUGAAUCUGUGUUCAACAUUAUCUCAUUGAAUCCUUCCACCAUCUGUAACAUCGUUUCAAAUAUGAAUAUUUGUGUAUUUAUUGCAGCUACAAGCAAUAUAUUCGUUUAAAUGUUAACUGAAAGGUUCUUAACACAGAAAAUUUUCUGAUAGGUACAAAUUAAAUUCAUUGGUAGCCCUGUCCAGCAAUGCAUGCCUUAAUGCCUUUGCAUUUAUAUUUUUUAAAUAACAAAGCGUUCACGAAUGCUCACUUUUGGCGGCCUGCUACCUAUAGACAUUGAUAAUAGCAUGUUCAGUUUAUCAUUACCUCAAAGCAAACCUAUGUAUAGUAAUGCUUUGAUUGAAUUUUCUAUGUUAAGACCGUAUACUUAUUUAGUCGAAAUAACAAUAAUUAAAAAUGGUAUUAUAUUAAAAUAUAAACUUAGUUACAUACUUGUUACGUAUUGUAAGCUGUGGGAUCGUAUUGUUUCACAUGUAACGGACGCUGAAUAAAAAAAAUACAUGUUCUUUGAAUAUAAUAUCUUCAUAUACGGA